AUGGCACAGACAAACUUUACUGACGAUGAAAACCAGAAAACAUUUAGAGAACUGAGCUGCUCGGCGGAAUUUAUCAGAAGUGUAGAUGGCGUGCGCGUUUUCAUUUCAGCUUUAAAUAUUUUUCUUUCCAUUACUGCUUUUUUGGGGAACACUCUGAUCCUAGUUGCCCUAUACAAGGAAACUUCACUUCAUCCGCCGUCCAAACUGUUGUAUCGUAACCUAGCGAUAACUGAUCUUUGUGUUGGUAUUAUUGUGUGGCCUUUGGCUGGGGCUUACUGGACUUCUGUUGUCAAUAAAAGAUGGAAUGUUUGCUAUUACACAAGUUUGGCAGUAGGUUUCUUGGCUUCUACUUUGUGUGCAGUGUCUCUAUUAACAUCGACUGCAAUAAGCGUGGACAGACUCCUCGCCUUGUUGUUGGGGCUCAGAUACAGACAAGUUGUAACUUUGAGAAGAACAUGUAUAAUCGCUUUUGGUUUCUGGUUUCUCUCCAUCGUUGGUUCAUCUACUUUAUUUUGGAAUUUUCAUAUACAUUAUCGGUGGCGAUACAUAGUUACAGCUCUGUGUCUAGUCACCACAAUCUCCGCUUACACAAAAAUUUCCUGCACUCUGCGUCAUAAUCAAAUAAAUGUUCAGAACCAUGUUGCUCAAGUACAACCGACCCAAGCAAUUCCAUUGAACGUAGCUCGAUACAGAAAGGCAGUGUACAGUGCACUGUGGGUUCAGUUAACAUCGGUUGUUUGUUAUUUGCCGUUUAACAUCGUGGACGCUUUGACACCUCAUAGAGGGAUGUCUUUAUCCCUUUACCUUGCAUGGCAUUUUACGGUUACUCUAGUGUUCUUAAACUCGUCAUUAAACCCGUUGUUAUACUGCUGGAAGAUCAGAGAAGUGAGGCAAGCUGUUAAAGAAACAUUAAGGCAAAUAUUCUUUUGUUCAUGUUAG